UUUUUUUUUUUUUUUUUUCCUCCUCCUCCAGUUCCUCACUUCUGCCUGAAAUGGCCAAGCAAGGCUCCCCGUCACUAGCUGAAGUUGUAAAGCGAGUUGCAGAGCAGCAGCAGUCGCAGGUGGCAGAUGUGGAAAAAAGCAAACUAGUUCUUUUCCAAUUGCAGGCAAAGUGUCAGGAACUAGAAAAAGAAAUGAAUUCUCUACUGUUAGAAACAAAGACAACAGAAAGGGAAAUACAUCUGCAAGAUGAUGCCAUAGAAGUGACAAAAUAUCAGUGUGAAAAUCUGGAGGCCCAAGUCAGAGCCCUCUAUUCUGAAAAUUUAAAAUUGAGGUGUGAUGUAGAAACAGUACAAGAGGAGUUUGAGAUGAUACUUGCAAGAAAUAAUGAAUAUCGGGAAAAAAUAAAGGUUCAUAAACAACUCUUUUGGGAGAUGGAAAAUAAAUUUCCAGUUAUGAUUGAACUUGCUAAAAAGAAAGCGUUUGUGGAAGAAUUAAAGGCAAAGAAAGAGGAUUUAAUAUGUGAUCUCCAGAAUCCAGAAGGAUCUGUUAUAAAACAAGUGCAGGAGGAAAUCACACUUUUAAAAAAUGAAAUCACAACAUUGACAGAUUUAAUCAAUAAAAAAAGAGAUCUGCUGGAAGAAGAGAAAAAAAAGCAUGCUAAGCUUAGGAAAGAAAUUGAGGUACAGAAUAAGAGAUAUGAUGCUAUUUUAAAACGUUUACAUUGCCAGCUGAACAAAGUCCAUUCCAAUAAAAGACAAUGGCACUGGAACAUUCAGCAGCUGGAGAAGAAGGCUGCAGAACUAAGAAAGUGUCUUGGAGUAGCAGAGUUACAAAACAUCAUGUAA